AUGGCCAAUAAACGAUCAGCACAACAAAUCAUUGCUCAAGAAUUUGAUAAGCUUGACACUGAUGGUGAUGGGAUGAUACCACUGAACGAGAUUCAUCAUUUGUUAAACGAUAACUUUAACAGAAAACAAAUUGAAUUAACUGGGAGACAAAUUCAUCUACUUCUAAAGGAAGCUGACAGAAACCGCGAUAAUGUCCUUGAUUUCAAUGAAUUCUCACAACUGGUAACAUCAGCAGAUACACAGGAGAAAAAAUUGAAAGUAUUGAUGUAUUCGGUGGCUGAUACAAUAAUCGCCAAGACCGAUCGACCGGCGGUGCAUACAUAUAUUGAUGAAUAUAAUUGUCUACCUCCACCAAUAUUUGUUUUAAGUAUCUCCUUAUUACAGGUAGCUACUUUUGUAUAUUAUAUGUAUGGACGAUCAGAUAAUCCGUUUACUUAUUGUGCUGGUUGUUGGAUUGAUGGAACGAUUGGGCCAUUCUUAUUUGCACCAUCUCUCCGUUAUCAGGCUUGGCGAUUCUUCAGCUACCAAUUUGUGCAUCAGGGAAUUCUCCAUCUAGUACCCAAUGUUAUUUUUCAAAUAGUGAUUGGCAUACCAUUGGAACUAGUCCAUAAAAUGUGGCGUAUAGCAACUAUCUAUCUAAUGGCCGUUUGCCUAGGGGCAUUGCUGCAGUAUGCACUUGAUCCAUCUGUAUAUUUGAUUGGUUGUUCUGCUGGUGUUUAUGCCUUAAUGGGUGCUCAUCUUUCAAAUCUUAUAGUUAAUUGGGCUGAAAUGCCGUUUCGGUUGGUUAGACUAUUUAUCAUUUCUGCAUACAUUUUUACCGAUGCAGCAUCGACUGUUUAUCGUCGUUUUCAAGUGGACGAGUGUGAUCGUGUAUCGUAUACUGCUCAUAUUGCAGGCAUUGUUACUGGUUUACUUAUGGGUGUUGUUAUUUUACAUAAUCUUAAAGUCCUUUAUUGGGAGCGAAUACUUAUGAUCGUGUCACUUGUAUUGUUUGGUAUUAUCUUUUUGUUCUUAACGGCAAUGGUUGUUUUUGUAAAUCCGUUCUCGAAAUCAGUUUGGGACACAGUACAUUGCAAAAAUGAACCACAUUUACUGGACACUAAUGACUUUUAUACAGAUUUUAGAGAUUACUGA